GAAGCGGUCGAAAUUGAAAACUUGCUGUUAAAAAAAACAAACUUGACAGUCGAGCUUAAAGCCUAAGGUGUAAGUCGAGGUGAAGCUUUAAAGCCCACCAUUUAACAUGAGUGUCAACGGCGGCCCGCGCGGUGGCAAAUUGCGCUGCACACGCAAGCGAACAUUGGCCAUGAUCGGCGGUGUUUUAAUUUUGAUAAUCGCUCUGACUGUCGGCCUCUGUGUGGGGCUCAGCGGGAACGGGAGCGGCGUCAGCGAGGAGGUGCCCGUCUUUAGCAUUGAUCACCAGGCAAAUACAUUUUUAUUAAAUGGAAAACCAUUUCGUUAUGUCUCCGGAUCGUUUCACUAUUUUCGAGCCCUGCCCGAUGCUUGGCGAAAUCGUUUGCGCACCAUGCGAGCGGCUGGUCUCAAUGCAUUGGAUACCUACGUCGAGUGGUCCCUGCACAAUCCACACGAUGGCGAAUACAACUGGGAGGGCAUAGCCGAUGUGGUUAAGUUUCUGGAAAUAGCCCAAGAGGAGGACUUCUAUAUUAUACUACGGCCCGGACCCUACAUCUGCGCCGAGCGAGAUAAUGGAGGCCUGCCCCACUGGCUGUUUACCAAAUAUCCGGACAUUAAAGUGCGCACAAACGAUCCCAACUAUAUAGCGGAGGUGGGCAAAUGGUAUGAGCAGCUAAUGCCACGUCUGAAGCAUUUGUUCAUCGGCAACGGAGGCAAGAUCAUUAUGGUCCAGGUUGAGAAUGAAUACGGGGCGUUCAACGCCUGCGAUCAUGACUAUUUGAACUGGUUGCGCGAUGAGACCGAUAAAUAUGUGGAAAACAAGGCAUUAAUGUUCACAGUGGAUAUACCCAAUGAACGGAUGCACUGCGGCAAGAUUGACAAUGUAUUCGCUACCACGGACUUUGGCAUCGAUCGCGUCUACGAGAUCGACAAUAUUUGGAAACUGCUGCGCGGUGUACAGCCCACAGGACCGCUGGUCAACUCUGAGUUCUAUCCUGGCUGGCUGACCCAUUGGCAAGAGACGAAUCAGCGACGCGACGGUCAAGUGGUGGCAAACGCCUUGAAGACCAUACUCAGCUACAAUGCCAGCGUUAAUCUGUACAUGUUCUUUGGCGGCACCAAUUUUGGUUUUACGGCCGGCGCCAAUUAUGAUCUGGAUGGCAGCGUUGGCUAUACGGCGGAUAUAACCAGCUAUGACUACGAUGCCGUGAUGGAUGAGGCGGGUGGUGUGACCCAGAAAUAUGAUCUGGUUAAGCAGGUGAUAGGCGAAGUGCUUGAACUGCCCGACAUAAAUCUGAGUCCCGCCAAGCGUUUGGCCUAUGGCAAAGUGGAGCUGACGCCCGCUUUGGAGCUGCUCUCGGCGGAGGGACGCGCCGCCCUGUCCAAGGGCACACCGGUGACAUCUGAUAAGCCCAAAUCAUUUGAAGAACUGGAUCAGUAUUCAGGCCUGCUGCUCUACGAGACAACGCUGCCCAGCUUCGAUCUGGAUCCAACGCUGCUGCAAGUGGACGACCUGCGCGAUCGUGCUCAUGUAUUUGUGGACCAGCAGCUGGUGGGCACGCUGUCGAGGGAGGCGCGCAUCUAUGCGCUGCCACUGAGCAAAGGCUGGGGCAGCACACUGCAGCUGCUCGUCGAGAACCAGGGACGCGUCAACUAUGAUCGCGCCAAUGAUACCAAAGGCAUAUUUGGCCAGGUAACGCUGCAGCUGCACAAUGGCGGUGCUCUGCCGCUGGACAACUGGACGACCACGGGCUAUCCACUGGAGGCGUACACCGUAGAGGCAUGGCGCCAGAGGCAAACAGAGAUGAACACUGCCCUGGCGCCAUCCAUUGCCCAGCAGCGUUUGCUGCGCUCUGGACCCAUUCUGUAUACGGGCAGCUUUCAGGUGACGGAGGUGGGCGACACCUAUCUGAAUGUCGCCGGCUGGGGCAAGGGUGUGGCCUAUGUGAACGGCUUCAAUUUGGGACGCUAUUGGCCACUGGCCGGGCCACAAAUAACGCUCUACGCGCCCAACGAGCUGCUCAAAGUGGGCCAAAACUCUUUGGUGCUGCUCGAGUAUCAACGUUGCAAUAAAACCCUCAACGGUGCGGAGCUGCCGGCCGUGCAGUUCGAUGCAGUUGCUCAGCUGGACGGUCAGUCCAGUGAGGCACAAAAGUAGAAUCCAGGCGUUGUCUUUUUUAUUCUAAUUUACAAGCGUUUCUUUAUUUGUUUUAUUAGAAGCAGUUAUUGAUUGACCACAACAACCUUGUCAAGCUAUAAUAUUUGCUAAUCUUAGCUGUUAUUAUUAUAAUAAACAUUGCUUAAUUAAUUACAUUUUCUUUAAUUUCUUUCACUGACUGGCAUUUUGUUAAUCAUAAUUUAGCUCGUUAUCAAUUGACUUUUUCGGUAUUCGGUAGCGUUUAUAAAAUUUGAGAAAUUUCUCGACUUUUCUUUGUUUAUUAAAGUUAAAUUUUCUUUUACAAAAUUUAAGUUCUUCCUUGUGAAUUCAACUUUUUCGCUUAGAUGUAGUUUUAUUUCUCAUAAUUUUUGUUUUGCUUUUCUUAAGUUCUUGAAAUAUUGUGUUCAUUGGCAAAUGGAGAUUAUCCAGUAAAAAAUACUUUGUCUUGAGGGAUAUUACCGUGUUCAGUGAAUAUCAAUAAAUUUGUAGAGUAUUAAGUACAUUGUGUUUAGAGAUUCUCAAAAAUGUUAGAGACUCAUUUUGGUGUUCAAAUGUAAAUUCUUCGAAAUACAAAUAGAGGGAGGUUUUUAUACAAAAAUAUUAUUUUAAAUUGGUUUUUUAGGGCAGUGUUUAAAUGGGAGGACAAAUAAAACAACAGAUUCUAAUUAAUACAACAGAAUAUAACUCAGAAUCCUAUACGUUAUUGUUUUUCACCUAUUUCUGAGCCAAUUUACGGAAUGUUCUCCUUGGAUUUGUUAAUCUAAAUGUGUUGCAAACCAUUUAAAUACGAUCUUACACACUUAUAUAUAUAUCUCGGAUCUCAUAUCUCGGUCGUAUUAUAAAUAUUUUGUUCAAUGUUAACGAACUGCCGAACUGAUGAACUUGUUUACAAACAUUAUUUCAUUGUGUGCAAAAGUUGUUUCGACUAAUUCGAGAGCAGUCUUAUU